ACCUAAAAAUGAGGACAUUUCAGGGAGGAUCUAAGACUCGGAAGCUAAAGAAGCUUAAACCGAGAUAUAUGGGACCAUAUCCUAUUUUGGAGCGGAUUGGAGCAGUUGCUUACCGACUAGAUUUAUCAGGAGAGUUAUCAGAUUUCCAUGACGUGUUUCAUGUUUCCGUUUUGAGGAAAGUAGUGAGAGAGCCAGAGCUCAUUUUGCAGCAACCACCUAGAAACCUUGGCAAAGGGUUACGUGGGUUGUGCCAACCAGUAGAGAUAUUGGAUCGCCAAGUGAAAGCAGAUCGUGGAAUGAUGACCAUGUUGAUCAAGGUUCGUUGGGAGGGAGACGGAAUUCAGGAGGAUACCUGGGAGUCCGAGCCCCAAAUGAGGAUUGAUUAUCCAGAGCUGUUUCGGGGUGUCAUUGGAGAGUUUGGUGACGUGAAUUCGGGGUCGAAUUCCUUGUUAGUGGGGGAGAAUUGUAAUGACCCACCUCCACUAUCCCCACUAUCUCCACCAUCUCCACCAUCCCCACCACACCCACCAUCUCCACCAUCCCCAACUUCUUUAAAGAGAAAGAGAGAGAGAGGGAGGGAGAGAGAGAGAGAGAAAGAGAGAGAGAAAGAGAGAGAAAGCUCACCUGAGCUCGUCGCCGGAGCAACCGUGUGCCGUGAUCACGUUCAGCUUGCCACCACCGAUAAACGCCCUAGGUAACCGCCGGAAACCGCAUUCCUUAAGCUCAUUUUCGUUUCCGUUUAGUAAAUCACCCAUAACUUCCUAACCAUUGAUCAUCUCGUACAUCCAAGGCCAUCAUCGUGUUCCUCUCGUCGAGACGAAGCCGUAGACACCAACCACGCCUCAAACGGAGCCCGGACGAAGCCGCACGCGCCUCCCGAAGAUUCGCCUCGGCGCGCGCGUGAAACACACGCGCCACCGCCGUCCGCCGGAGCCACCGCGAGUUCCGGCCACGCGCCGCCGUCUCCGACCAACGUUCGCCGGAGCCGCCGUGACCGACCACCGUCCGUCCGCCGCCGAGAAGCCGCCGCCGCGUCGCCGCCUCGCCGCCGUCGCCGCCGUUGAUUUUCCGAUUUGGAGUCCAUUUGAGCAGCUGGAGUUCAUAGAUACCACCUCUUAUUGUUGCUAAGAUGCCGCCAAGGAGAAGAACCACCCGUGCCCAGACCGCCAGAGCCGUUAGAGACAAUGUAGAUGAGCAUGAGCAGCCCGCAGUUCCACCACCCGCGGCUCCACCAGUUGAUCAGGAUGCAUUGAGACAGAUGGUUCAGGAUGCCGCUAGACAGGCCGCUCAGGAAGCACUUCAGCAGAUUGCCCAGGAGGCAGCCAGGCAGGCCGCUCAGGAGGCCGCCCGAGUAGCUGCUCAGGAGGUUGCUCGUCAGAUGGCUGCCGUUCAGCAGGGACCGCAGAUUCAGGUUCAGCAAGUUCCACUGGUUCAUGUCCAACAAGAUCAGCAGAUUCCAGCUCAGCAUGAUCAUCAGGAUCCCGUUCAGCAGGUUCCCCUUCCACAGGUUCCUCUGCAGCAGGGUCCAGUUCAGCAGUUUGCUCAUGGUGUUCAGGAUCUACCGCCACCACCACCGCGACCUCAUGUUUACCCGGUUUAUAAUGAGAGGUUCUACAGGCUGACAUGUCAGAUGAGAAACAUGGAGAUGGAGCAUUUUAGCGGGACAGUGGAUGCUGUAGCUGCACACGAUUGGAAGUUAGCCUUGCAGCGGAAGCUGGAGAUUAUUGAGUGUCCACCAGAGUUGUCGCUCAGAUUGACUAUGCAGUACCUUCGUGGAGAUGCUCUUAUAUGGUGGGAGGGAAUACGAUUGAGCCAUUUUGGGCCAGAGAGACUUACUUUCGCUGAUUUCAUUCGAGAGUUCGAUAGGAAAUACUUUCCGAAGGAAGCGAUGGAUAGGAAGAAGUGCGAGUUCGAGCAUGUAAGCCAGGGAGAGAUGUCUAUCAGGGAGUAUGAGGUUGUGUUCAACCAACUUCGCAGAUUUGCAGGAGUGGGCAUUUCAGAAGAAGACUUGAUUAGAAAGUUUUUGAGUGGGAUGCGAGUGGAGAUUCGUAACAGGUGUCGCGUAGUCACUUACCACCGGUUGGGAGAUUUGGUGGAGAAAGCUGCCGAGCAGGAGGCAGGCUUGGCGGAGGAGAAGGAACUCGCCAAAGCAGUUCAUGUUAAGUCUGGAAAAGCUCCAGAGUCUCAAAGGAGAGCAGGGGACCCGUCGGGAUUACCGAUAUGUCCUCGUUGCCAUCGCAGUCACAGUGGGCAGUGUAUGAGGUGUCUUACUUGCGGUAGGAUUGGACACAUUGCGAAGUUUUGUCGAGCUAGGCCAUUGGAUACGCCACCAGUCAGACAGAUUGCAGCACCAGCAGCGGCACAUGUUUGCUUUGGCUGUGGUCAGCCAGGUCACUUCAUCAGAGAUUGCCCGAGGAAGGACAAUGCGGCACUUCCACCACCACCGAAGCGUCUAGCCAUCGCUCCACGUGUGUUUGCGGUUGGAGAUCCUCAGGGAGCUUAGCCGAUAGCAGGUAUGAGUCUUUUCCAUACUUGUUUGUGUUUGGGUAUUUUGGCUCGUGGUUGUCAUGUGUAGUUAGUAAAAAUCUCGUGUAGGAUCGGUUUUAGUUGGAGGAGAGUCAGCUUAUACCUUAUUCGACACGGGAGCCUCUCAUAGUUUUGUGAGUCCGCGCUUAGUCCAGUCUUGGUCUUUUCGUGGAGUCUUUGAACCGAAGGCUAAGCAGAUCCAGACUGCCGGCACGGAGAAGUUGGGUGCAGUUGGCAUUCAUCACGAUGUACCAGUUCUACUUGGAGGAGUCGAGUUGCUCGGAGAUUUGACGGAGAUGGAGAUGAGCUCCUACGAUGUUAUACUUGGGAUGGAUUGGCUGUCGCGA